AUGACACGCAUCGUGGGUGGCACAGAUGCCAAGCCAGGGGCCUGGCCAUGGAUCGUCAGCAUCCAGCAUCCGAGGAUACCAGGCACAAAGCAUUUCUGUGGAGGGUCUCUCAUCAGGGCAGAGUGGGUCCUCACAGCAGCCCACUGCUUUGACCUCAUUUUCAACAGCAGCUUGGUGUACGUGGUGAUUGGGGCCACCCAGUUGACUAAGCCAGGCCCUGGGGCACAAGUCCGCCAAAUUAAGAAGUUACUACGUCAUGAAAACUAUAAGAGAAGUGACAUGAGCAAUGACAUUGCCUUGCUGGAACUGAGCAAGCCUGUUGACUGCAGCCCCUACAUCCAGCUGGCCUGUGUGGCCGAUGCUAUCUUAGGGUUGUCAGUGUCACAGGAAAAUAACUGCUGGAUUGCUGGCUGGGGUCGCACCACUGCAAAAGAUAAAACCCCGAGUGAUCAACUGCAAGAGGCCAGGGUCCAGCUCAUCAAUAUCCAGCUCUGCAACAGCACCUUCUGGUACUCAGGGAAAAUCCACGCCCACAACUUGUGUGCUGGUUACCCACAGGGAGGCAUCGACACCUGCCAGGGUGACAGCGGUGGUCCUCUCAUGUGCCAGGACAAGCAUGCUGAUUACUGGUGGGUUGUCGGAGUGACCAGCUGGGGGAAAAGCUGUGGCAGAGCACGGCGGCCCGGAGUCUACACGUCCACUCAGCAUUUCUAUGACUGGAUUGUGGCCCACAUGGGCACAGAGAAUGUUUAA